AUGCCACUUCUCGACGCGCGCGACGGUCCUUCCUACGGUGCGAUACCGCGGGAGGAGAACCAUACGAGUAUGGAUUAUGAGCGGGAUCAGUUGCUGCAGGACGGCUAUGAGACCGACGACGACUCGAGUGAUAUCUCAACCCUGGACGAAGCACAGGAAGGUGUGCGGAAAAUCGAGGCGAUAAAUAUGACUUGGACAACCCGAUCGUUAAUGAUCGCCUACGUCAGUAUAUUCCUCAUGGCCUUCUGCACGUCCCUGGAGGGCCAGACGGUCAUGUCAUUGUCGGCAUAUGCUACCAGCGCUUUUAGCAAGCACUCGUUAAUCUCCACCGUUCUUGUGGUGCAGAAUGUAGUCAAUGCCGUGAUCAAACCGCCUAUGGCAAAAGUUGCCGAUGUGUUCGGCCGCUUUGAAGCCUUUUGUCUCAGCAUUACCAUAUAUAUCCUGGGCUAUAUUCAGAUGGCUGCGUCGACCAAUGUGCAAACCUAUGCAUCCGCACAGAUCUUCUAUUCCGCGGGUUCCACGGGUCUACAGAUUCUCCAACAGGUGUUUAUCGCCGAUAGCAGUGACCUUCUGAACCGUGCCUUUUUGGCUCUGCUCCCAGAGUUCCCGUUUCUAAUCACUGUCUGGCUGGGGCCGACCAUCGCAGGAGCAGUGCUUCAGUCAUCAUCAUGGCGCUGGGGCUACGGGAUGUGGGCGAUCAUCCUGCCCGCUGCCUUCCUGCCGCUCGCCCUGUCGCUGCUUUUGAACCAGCGCAAAGCCCAGCGGCUGAAUUUGAUUAAACCGACAAAGGCUAGACGCCACAGAAGCAUAUUUAGCGUUAUUCGACGAACUUGGUAUGACCUGGACGUGGGUGGGCUGACACUGUUAUCCGCGGCGGUCACCUUGCUUUUGGUACCUUUGACACUAGCGGCCAGUUCCAAGAAUGGAUGGAAGACUCCGAGUAUCAUUAUCAUGAUGGUAGUCGGUGUCCUCUGCUUGAUCGCUACCCCAUUGUAUGAAUCAUCUAAGAAGCUGGCACCCAAACCUCUGCUUUCUCUGCAUCUACUCAAGCAACGAACCGCCGUUGCCGGUUGUGCCUUGGCAUUUUGGUACUUCAUGGCAUUUUACUUUUCUGUUCAACCAUACCUUUACUCCUAUCUCCAGGUCGUUCAGAACUAUGAUGUGGCCACCGCUGGCCGUGUCACCCAGACUUUCGCAUUUACCUCAACUAUUGCUGCAUUUACCGUGUCACUCCUUAUCAAGUACACCCGCCGAUACCGGAUAUUUGUGACCAUUGGCUGCGUUAUCUACAUGACUGGUUUAGCAUUGAUGCUCAUGUGUCGCCAAGAAGGUGCCUCUCACUUGCAAGUUCUGGGCACUCAAGUUCUUGUAGGCUGCGGUGGUGGCUUGCUCAAUGUGCCCGUUCAACUCGGCGUCCAAGCUUCUGCAAGCCACCAAGAAGUCGCCGCAGCCACCGCGAUGUUUCUCACAUCCAUGGAAAUGGGCGGUGCCGUCGGUGCUGCCAUCUCCGGAGCCAUCUGGACCCAUCUAAUUCCUCGGAAGCUCAUGCAAUACUUGCCGGAAGAGAGCAAGUCACAUGCCGGCGAGAUCUUUGGCAAGCUGACAACGGCACUGGAGUACCCCAUGGGAUCUCCCACUCGCAUUGCCAUCAACCGCGCCUAUCAAGAAACCAUGAACCGCUUGUUAACCCUCGCCAUCAUCGUGACUCUGCCGUUGAUCCCGCUGAGUCUUCUUAUGGUAGACUAUAAGCUAGACAAGAUGAGCCCUGACAGCCACGAUGAUGGAGCUGAGACUCCACUGCCCGUUGAAGUAGAGCCCGAGACCGAUGAUCAACAUCAUAAACGAACCUAA